CAUCAAGACCCAAGGAUUGUGAAGGUCAGAAAGUUACAAAAAUCUCGAGUCAACCUGCUCACAGGACACCCGUUAACCUCUGGGGCUUCGAAGGGAUCUGAAGAGAACAACGACUGGCUGUGCAGCAAUGUUUGGGUUGGCUGCAUUGUGUCUCCUGCUCCUGCAGACUGGAGCUCACGGGUUUGGUAUAUUUGGAAGCUCUUUGACUCAUCAGAAGAUCACUGAGAGAGCCCUCUUAAAUGCCACUGUUCAGGUGUGCCGUUCUCUGGCUCUGGCUGAAGGCAAAGACUUCACUUUUCCUCCGCAGCCUUUUACUGCUGAGUCCACUGCAGCUGCUUGUGAAGCAUCGAAAUCAACCAAGAGUUUUCUCCAGACCAUCUGCUCAAUCAAAAAAAAUAACUGGCAGGUAGACAUUCGUUUUUUCUUAAGCGCACGCCGCCACUUUGACAACGAGGAGUUUGAAGACGGAAGGAAGAUCAUCACUGACGGAUUAUCAGCUGUGAAAGCCAGCAACAAACGAGAGAACUUUGAGGCAGCAACGACAAAACUUGGACAAAUAUUACAUUCGUUACAGGAUUUCUACAGUCACAGUAACUGGGUGGAAAUGGGAAACAAACGUCCAAACUCCAAUCUGAUCAGAGAAGGCAGCAGCAUUGGAAACAUAGCAGCCAAAGGCAGAGAAACCUGUCGCAACUGUGAUGGAGACAACUGCAGGAACAACAUCCUGGAGGAUGUCUUAGAGCAGAAGAUACUCACCUCAGGAUAUUUUGGUUUCCUCCCUUUCAAACCCAGAGGAAAAUGCAGUCAUGGUGGUAGAGCUGAUAUAACAAGUUUCGUUCCGCCCAGAGGUGGGAUUAACAAAGACUCAUUUGACGCCAGCCAUGGACAUCUCCACGCUGAAGCAGCAAACCUGGCAAUAGCUGCAACCACGGAGCUGCUUGAGGACAUUCGAGGGGCUGCUGGUGACAAACCCUUCCUACAGAUGAUGGGAAUCUCCAAGGGAAAACCUCUUUGUUUUGUGGUCGACACAACAGGAAGCAUGAGUGAUGACAUUGAUGCAGUGAGGACCGUUACUUCCUCUAUAAUCAACAGUAAAGUGGGAACAGAAGAUGAGCCCUCAAUUUACAUUCUGGUACCGUUCAAUGAUCCUGAUUUUGGGCCAGCCAUGAAGACAUCAGAUCCAAACGUCUUCAAAGAUUAUAUUCAGUCACUGACAGCAAGCGGUGGUGGAGAUACACCAGAAAUGAGUCUUUCAGGACUUCAGCUGGCGUUAACGUCCGCACCUUCUAAUUCUGAGAUCUUUGUCUUCACGGAUGCCCCUGCUAAAGACGAAUACCUGAAAGGUUCAGUGAUCGCACUCAUAGAGAGGACCAAGUCAGUGGUGAACUUCAUGAUUACUAACAUUUUUUCUGGGUUUCGUCGGCGAAGGCAGCUUGAGGACAGUCAGCAACAACAGUACAGUCGGAUGGCGGCUUCAGAUACCCAGCUCUACAGAGACCUGGCUCAGGCUUCAGGUGGCCAGGCUAUUGAGGUCACAAAAAGUCAGCUCCUGGAUGCCACUAGCAUCAUAGUAGAGUCCACGAGCUCCUCCCUGGUGACCCUCCUGCAAGCAGCCAGGAGCUCAGGAAAAGAAGAAAGUUUCACUUUCUCAGUGGACGAGUCGGUAAAAAACCUCACAGUCUACAUCACUGGGAGCUCUGUCAGCUUCACCCUCAUCAGCCCCUCAGGUGUGUCCCAAGAAAGCAGUAACACGACAGGUUCCCUAAUCAUUACAUCCCAGUCAGUGGGAAACUUCCAGACUCUGCAGCUACAGUCUCAAGUGGGACUGUGGGAAAUGAGAACCACGUCAACCAAUCCCUACACUCUGAAGGUUGUAGGUGAGAGCCCCAUCGAUUUCCUCUUUGACUUUUUGGAGGAAUCACAGGGCCCUUUCGGAGGGUUAGAUGUUGUAGACAAUCGUCCCAAAGCUGGUGUCAAUGGGAGCCUGUUGGUGAUAUUAUUUGGGAGUGACUCAGCCACUGUUACAGAGGUCACUCUGGUUGAAUCAUCGGGCUCAGGGCAGGUUAAUGGCACCGUAGAGGCUCAGGGUGGAGGCGAAUUCUUAGUUCGGUUUGACAAGAUACCGUCAGUUGAGUUUGUGGUGCUGGUGAAGGGGCAGAACAGCGAUACCUCCAAAGCAUCUCCAGUCCUCUUUCAGAGACAGUCAACCACCAGCAUAAGAGCUUCUGUCGUCACUAUUACUGCUGAGGAUUCAGAAAGUGUGCUGGUACCAGGAACACCACUUUCAGUUCCCUUCUCUGUGACAACUAGUGGCUCUGGAGGAAACUUCACUAUUCAAGUUACCAAUGACCAAGGUUUUAAUUCAACUUCCCCUUCGAGUUUAGCCGUGGAGGAUGGAAGCAGUGCUAACGGUACAGUGACCAUCACAGCACCUCUUAACACCCUGUCUGGUACCGACGUCACCCUGACCAUUGAGGCCGAGGCUCCUGGAGGAACAGACACCAACUAUGUUGUGAUACGUUUCACUGUUCUCACACCGGUGACGGAUUUCACACAGCCAGAGUGUCAGCUGCUCAGCCUGCAGUCCAACUGCUCUGAAGACUGUAGCUCAGCUGCAUGGGAGGUCUCUGUGCAGGUGGACGACGGAGCUGAAGGGACAGGUGUCAGCCGUGUAGACCUCAGACAAGGCAACGGGACCAUGAACAUCAGCCUGGCAGCCGACAACGAGAACAUAACGCUCGUGUCUUACCGUUCCUCUUGCUGUUCUCCUGAUGUGGAGCUGCUGGUUGUGGAUGGGGUGGGUAACAUAGGCUCCUGUUUCUACACGGUCCGCACACAGGCUGUGACCACUAGUAGCCCUCAGGAUCCAACAACAGCAGCACCAACAGCAGCAGCAGUUGUAUCUUUGUCUACCAGAGCUGUUCAGUCUUUUCUUCUUUGCAUUAGCAUCACAAUCCUAGGGUUCCUCUGGAUACACUGAGUGUCUGCAAGUUGAAGUCUGGGGCACAGUUAUAUUUUCUGUUGUUGUUAGAAAAAUCAAAUACGCACUGUAUGCGUAGUCUAAGGUGGCAGUGUUUCAUUCACAUGUAGCUAACAGCCCUGCAAUAAAUGAUGUUAAAUGAAAGAAAAUAGUUUGUAAAGCCACACAAAAUGCUCACGGUCUUCAAAUAAUAAACCAAGAAGAGGGUCGCCAAGAAUUAACCAGGACUACAGUAAAUGACUUCAAAAGGACAUCACAUUACUCUGCGAGGUGUUUAACUACGUGAUUAAUAUUGUUGUGAUUUUAAAAUCAGUAUGAAUUAUAUGUGAUAUAAUUGUACAUGAAAAUUGUGUAAAAUUGUCUUUAAUAGCUUAAAGGGGUUCACACAUCAUACAGCCCGUCAUAAAUUCAGUGAGUGCUAAUAGACCGCGGAAUGUCAUAAUUGCAUUUUAUUUGAUAUAAAAUGAUUAAUGCAUCCAAGGCUUGCUUAUUACAUGAAUGAUUCGGAGAAUAGUUU